AUGGCAUUGCAUCGAGUUGUUCUUGUCGUCGCAAUCAGCUUGCUGAAUCUCCAGAGCUCCCUCCAACAAACCAAACCAUCAUCUCUUAAACAUAUCACAUGUGGUCACAAAAAGAACUUGCAUGCAGGUGAUUGCGCAGCUGCAUACCGCAAAAUUCUCUACGAUGGAGAUUCAACCCUUGACCAAAAUGAAAGUAGUGCCGAAAGGACUUCUGGAAGCUGUGUUACGAACAUCAAAAACCCAAAAUUCAUGAAUGUCCCCAAGGCAAUAAUUGAAAAUGCGUUUGACCAAAUUUUAGCAAGAUGUAACAGUCGUUCUGGUAGUGCCGCUCUCCCAGGUUUUGAUGGGGUUCGGUUGUCGACCAGACACCAUAGACAUCCAAGUGCAUCUUCAUGGGAGGAUGAUAUGGAGUUAAACCGAGUGUUCUGCUCCAAUGGACCCAAAGGCAUCAAAAUAGUUAAGCAAGAUUGUGGCCUACAGAUUGAUCCCUACCAAUGA